AUGGCUUUAGAAAUCUUUAGAGCAGUAACGAAAGGUAGCAUCAUGCCUGCAUUGUUCGAUAUGACAAAUUCAAGAGUAAUUAAGAGAGGGCUCUCUCAUGCUCUUUCUCUCUUUCGAAUCAACCUCGACCGUGUGCUACAACGGACCUCUAACCGACUACACCACUCCCUCUCCACUCCGAUUUCUGCCAUAACUUCGUUCGUAAUAGGUUUACGAACGUGUAACUGGCCUAUACAAUGA